CACAAAUGCGAUAAUGAAGGCUUUCAAUGCAAAUAUUGUGCAAAACGAAAUCUUAUGUGUGUACGAGUAAAGUGGGAUAAACGUGGUCGUAAACCUAAUAAAACCGCAUUUCAAACAAACAUUAUUUCUCCAAUUCAUAAUAAUGAAGGAAGCCCCAAGUCUUUUAUUAGUGAGCAGCCGCAACCAGAAUCCAACGAAUGUAUCUUAUAUGAUAAUGAAACACAACUAUUAUAUCCGGUCUUCGGAUUUACACCGAUCAUGUUACACGAACCUACUCAUGAUAUCGAUGAUUUAAAUAAGUUUGAGGAGUUAUUUCGUCUUUUCCAUUUUUGGGGAAGCUUUUAUGCUUAA